CCUCCGGUCCCCGGGUGGUGGGAUCCAUCUCCCUGGUACUGACCCGUUGUUUUCUCCACAGUUCACAGCGAAGCAGCUGGAGAAACUCGCUAAAAAAGCUGAGAAAGACUCUAAAGCUGAACAAGCCAAAGUCAAAAAGGCCCUUCAGCAGAAGAAUGUGGAGUGUGCCCGUGUCUACGCCGAGAACGCCAUCCGCAAGAAGAACGAGGGGCUCAACUGGCUCCGCAUGUCGUCCCGGGUGGACGCCGUGGCCUCCAAGGUCCAGACAGCCGUGACCAUGAAGGGGGUGACAAAAAAUAUGGCCCAGGUGACCAAGGCCUUGGAUAAGGCUCUGAGCUCCAUGGACCUGCAGAAGGUGUCUGCAGUGAUGGAUAAAUUCGAGCAGCAGGUUCAGAAUUUGGAUGUUCAUACAUCGGUAAGUGCUGGUGGCCUCUGGGGGGGCCGGGAGCUGCCAG